GGCGGAUUUCGGACACGAUGGCUUCUCAAUCAACGCUGCGACACUCCGCAGACCCUAUAGCCAAUCUCUACCAGCAAUACAUGAAGCUCUUCCGCGACCGAUUAAAGGGCACUAGAAUCGGGCUCUCACUAUGUUGCCCGUGCAGUUUAUGUUUCAUCAAAGGUCAAAUGAGUGUUCCUCCUAGGAGUGCACAGGAUUGGUAAAGACUGUUUGGAGCUUUUUAUAACAAAUAAUGUUAUAAAAAAAACGUAGUAUAACAAACUACACUAGUUUUACACAACUAAAGCCACGGCCAAAAUAACACUCCAAACACUACCACCAUCCGUUCCUACGUUCGUCUUGUUUUAGGAAUGUCUUUGUGCGGAUUAUAAAGAGGCCGUGGGGGUUUAUAUAGAGGGGACGGAGGACGGAGGACGGAGGGCGGAAUACGAAGGACGGAGGACGGGGGCUGAGGGAGGUGAAUGGAAAAUAGAGAGUGGAAAACGGAGAGCAAAGGACCGAAAGAGGUGAAUUUAUAGAUUCACUAGCUGCGGAGAACGGUUUGGAGAGUGGUAAGGCUAAGUAAGUGAAUUAAAUUAACAAAG